UAUACCCGUAUAUAAAUUAUAAAGGACUUAGCUCCUCCCAGUUGUUAAACGUCACUUAUGAUUUCUCAUAUGCUGCGGAAAAUCUGUGCAAAGUUGUCGCAUCAUUAUUCAAUGAUCACAUCAUAAUUGUAUACGAGUUAAACCAACAAGGGAAGAUAAGCACUUUUUUAUUAGGUUUUGGAGUGAGAUACAUUGCUGGCUACACUGCAUUUGUUUCUUCAUUGUCUGAAGUGGUUUUAGUAUUCGGCGUUUUUCAGAGAGAAGAAAAGGAUAUUUAUAAUAGAGUGAGCACUGUACUGGCGCUGUUCACAUUCUGUGCCUCAUUACCUCUCAUUAUCAUAAUCAUGCUAGCUUGUUCAGAACAAUGGAUUACACUGUUUUGGGAAAUACCUCGCAUGU